CUCUGCAGGCACUUUCCAACACUACCCUGUCACUUCAUCAGCUUGUCUGUGUGCUUUUGCUUUCGUUUUCAAUUCGAUUGAGUCUCGUGUCGGAGUGUUAAGGGAAAAUGUUGAUAGCUCGCGCCAUACGCGGCCGCCAGCUAAUGCGCGGCCUGUCCGCCUGCCUGCCCACGACAGCUGCAGCUGCGGCUGCGGCUGCGGCUGUGUGGAGCCGCCGUCCCCGUGGACAAAGUGCUCUGAUCGGAUACUUUAUCGAGCAUUUGCGUCCGACUCGCUUGGACUCGCUCAAUGGCGCCAGCAUUGUGAUGCCUCAGCGCUGCUACCACAGUCGCCAGAGCGCUGAUGCCAACGACAGGAAGACGCGAGUCGGAGCGGACCGGCAGGCGGCUGUGCCCGACGUCUGGCCACAUGUGCCGCUGAUAGUCCUGCGCAGGUGUCCCCUGUUUCCGCGCUUCAUGGACAUUGUGGAGGUGUCCAAUCCAAUGGUUAUGGACCUGAUGCGGCGCAAAAUCAGGCUCAAUCAGCCGUACGUGGGCGUUUUCCUCCAGAGGGUCGUCGAUGCUGAGGAGGAGAUUGUCGAGAGUCUGGACGAGAUCUAUCACGUGGGCACUUUCGCACAGAUCCAACAGAUUCAGGAUUUGGGCAAGAAGCUGCGCAUGGUGGUGGUGGGGCAUCGUCGCAUACGCAUCACAGGCCAGCUGCAGCCCCCAAAGGCGCCGCGAGCGAGAGCUGGCCACGCUGGCCCCGCUGCAGCUGCAGCUGCAGCUGCUGUCCCCCUGCUCGUUGUGGUGGUGGAGAAUGUCCAGCCACCGAGCUACCAGCACACGGAUGAGGUCAAGGCACUAAGCCAAGAGAUAGUCAAGACUCUGCGCGACCUCAGCAGCCUGAAUCCCGGCUACAGGGAGAGUCUCCAUCAAAUGCUGCACCAGAGUCAGCGGGUGCUGGACAAUCCCAUCUACCUGUGCGACCUGGGCGCCUCGCUGUCGCUCGCCGAGCCCGAGGAGCUGCAAAAGAUCCUGGAGGAAACCUAUAUCCCAAAACGUCUGAUGCUGUCGCUGACGCUGCUGAAGACGGAGCUGGAGCUGACGACGCUGCAGGCGAAGAUUGAGCGCGAGGUGGAGCGAAAAGUGGAGCAGCACCACUACAGGCACAUCCUGCAGGAGCACCUGAAGAUACUCAAGCGGGAGCUGGGCAUGGAGCGGGACGACAAGGAGGCCAUCGUCGAGAAGUAUCGCCGGCGAGUCGCCGAUAAAACGAUGCCCAAAGGCGUGAUGCGUGCCAUCGACGAUGAACUGAGGAAACUGAACUUUCUGGAUAGCUGCUGCCCCGAAUUUAAUUUAAUCCGCAACUACCUCGACUGGCUGACCGCGCUGCCCUGGGGCGUGACCAGCGCCGACAAUCUGUGCGUGGAGAAUGCCAGCGAGAUCCUGAACCGGGAGCACUACGGCAUGGAGGAUGUCAAGCGGCGCAUCCUGGAGUUCAUGGCCGUGAGUGCGCUGAAGGGCAGCACACAGGGCAGGAUCCUGUGCUUCCACGGGCCGCCUGGUGUCGGCAAAACGAGCAUUGCCAAGUCGAUUGCACGGGCCCUGAGCCGCCAGUACUUCCGCUUCAGCAUGGGCGGCGUCACGGAUGCGGCCGAGAUCAAGGGACAUCGUCGCACCUACGUGGGCGCCAUGCCCGGCAAGCUGGUCCAGUGCCUGAGGCAGACCAGGACCGAGAAUCCCCUCGUGCUCAUCGACGAGGUGGACAAGAUUGGCAAAGGCCAUCAGGGCGAUCCCAGCCAGGCGCUGCUGGAGCUCUUCGACGCCGAGCAGAGCGCCAGCUUUCAGGACAACUAUCUGGACGUGCCGAUCGACCUGUCGCGCGUGCUCUUCAUCUGCACGGCCAACGGGACGGCGGCCAUACCGGAGCCGCUGCGGGACCGCAUGGAGAUGGUCGAGAUGUGCGGCUAUGUGGCCGAGGAGAAGGUGGCCAUUGCCCGUCAGUAUCUGGUGCCGCAGGCGAUGAGCGACUGCGGCCUGACCGCCGACCAUCUCAGCAUCAGCGAGAGCGCCCUGCGGCUGCUGAUACACAGCUACUGCCGCGAGUCCGGGGUGCGCAACCUGCAGCGGCAGAUCGAGAAGGUCAUCCGCAAGGUGGCCGUCCUUCUGGUCAGAGGGCAGCAGCCGGGCAGCAGCCACUACCCCGUGCAUGCCGGCAAUCUGAGCGCAUUCGUCGGCAAGCGGAUCUUCGCCUCGGAUCGCAUGUACGAGACGACGCCCCCGGGCGUGGCCAUGGGCCUGGCCAUGUGCGGCUCAUCGCUGUACAUCGAGACAUCGCCGCGGAGCUCACACAAAGGCGAUGCUGGCGAAGGCGAAGGUGGGGCCGAGGCCGAGGGCGAGGGCGAGGGCGUGUUGUAUAUCACCGGAAACCUGGGAGCUGUCAUGAAGGAAUCUGCCCAAAUAGCCCUGACUGUGGCGCGCAACUUCAUCCAGCUGCGAGAUCCUGGCAAUCAGUACCUGGAGCUGGAGAACAUCCAUCUGCAUGUGCCCGAGGGGGCCGUGCCCAAGGACGACCCCAGUGCUGGCGUCACCAUAGUCACGGCCCUGAUAUCGCUGGCCACCAACCGGUCCGUGCGCCACGAUGUGGCCAUGACGGGCGAGAUAUCGCUCAAGGGCAGAGUGCUGGCCGUGAGCGGCAUCAAGGAGAAGGCCAUAGCAGCACGGCGCAGUGGCGUCCAGUGUGUCAUCCUGCCCGCGGACAACAGCAGGGACUUCGAGGAGCUGCCCACAUUCGUGACCGAAGGCCUGGAGGUACACUUUGCGGCCGACUACGAGGAUGUCUACAACGUUGCCUUCUCCGAGCCAAGCAAAAACCAGGACGAGCCCAAAGUCAAGCAGCCUCCGGCCCCUCCGGCGCAGCAGCAGCAGCAGCAGCAGGAGCAGCCCCUCGAGAGGCUGGCAUAGAUAUCAAUCAGUUUCAGUUUAAUUUGUGCCUUUAGCUAAUACAAAACCCAAGCCAUUUGCUUAACCAAAGCCCUGUACAUGUGCCCCAACUACACACGGGAUCCGGGCUGGGCAGCUGCACCACAAGGGAGUCCUCACCACUUGACUC